CACUUGUCAUUCAAAUCCUUCUUCUUGAUCAUCUUCACUGCUACACCCCACCCCCUCACACACAGUCCUCACCUCAAAUCACACUUUGUUUCUGCAAUACGUGGGCCUAUUCCAGAAGCAUUUUCUCAAGACUUAUUCCUUCACAAAACCCACCAAUUAAUUCCUCUUCACAUGCCAGGCUUCGAACUCAAUGCAUUUCAAAAGACUCGAUUUUUACUAAGAUUCUUCCUCACAAGCAUAUAAAGAUUGAAUUUUUAUGCAAAAAUGCGAAGCGUAAACGCUCUUUUGAACAUCUUCUACCUGUCCACAUUCUGCAUUUCUGUCUCAUCUUCACUCAACACCGAUGGGCUCUCCCUCUUAGCUCUAAAAGCCGCCGUUGUCAAAGAUCCAAACAUGGCUCUAAUUUCAUGGCUGGAGGUCGACGCAACCCCGUGCAGGUGGGCCGGGAUCACCUGCGAUCGCGUCCACCGCCGCGUCAUCUCCGUCUCACUCCCGAGCAAGAACCUGACCGGCUACAUUCCGUCGGAGAUCGGCGCGCUCUCCUUUCUCGCCUCUCUUGAUCUCUCCCACAACUUCUUCAGUGGGCCCCUGCCGCACCAGAUCGCCACCCUCCAAAACCUCGUUCAUUUCGACAUCUCUUCCAACAAUUUCAACGGCUCGCUUCUCCAAGGGCUAAGCAAUCUGACCCGUUUGCAGGGCACUUUGAAUCUCUCUUACAAUGCCUUUUCCGGCGAGAUUCCGGCGAGUUUUGGACAGUUUCCGGUGAUGUUGAGCCUCGACCUCCGCUGCAACGAGCUCACCGGAAAAAUACCUCAGGUGGGGUCGCUGUUGAACCAGGGCCCCACUGCAUUUUCAGGGAAUCUUAAUCUCUGUGGGUUUCCCUUGAGCACUCCAUGCACAGUGCCGGAAGCUCAAAACCCGAGAUUUUUGGAAAAUCCUCAAAAGCCGGAGGGUAAUGGCGGUGGUGAGUUGGUGGAGGGAAGAAAUGUCAACGGCGGGUCGGUGACAGUUUCGGUGAUUAGCGGCGUUUCUGUGGUGGUUGGAGUGGUGGCUGUUGCAGUGUGGUUCAUUAGGAAGAGAUGGAAGCUGGAGCAGAAGUUGGGGAAGGAGAGUGUUGGGGUGGGAUUGGGAGGUGAGGAGGGGAAGAAGGGUGGUAAAUUUGUUGUGAUUGAUGAAGGGUUUGGGUUGGAAUUGGAGGAUUUGUUGAGGGCUUUAGCCUAUGUUCUUGGGAAAAGCAGGAGUGGGAUAGUUUAUAGGGUGGUGGCCGGUGGACGGAAGGGGGCGGCUCCAGCUGCUGCUCCGGUGGUGGUGGCUGUGAGGCGGCUGAGUGAGGGGGGCGUAGCGUGGAGCUUGAAGGAGUUCGAGGCAGAGGUGGAGACCAUUGGGAAAGUGAGGCACCCCAACAUUGUGAGGCUGAGGGCUUAUUACUAUGCCAGUGAUGAGAAGUUGCUGAUUUCGGAUUUCAUCAGCAAUGGAAGCUUGUACAAUGCAUUGCAUGGCGGAGCAGGGAACGUGGCACCUCCGCUGUCAUGGACUGCAAGGCUAAGAAUCAUCCAAGAAACUGCAAGGGGUUUGAUGCACAUACAUGACUGCAGCCCCAAAAAGUAUGUGCACGGAAGCCUCAAAUCUUCGAAGAUCCUCCUCGACGACCACUUAAAGCCCUACAUCUCCGGUUUUGGCCUGUCCCGUCUCGUCCUGGCUAUAUCAAAAUCAGCAACCGCCCCUUCAAAGAAGCCGAUCUCAGUGACUCACAUAACUAGGGCCUCAUCAAACAUCAUGUGUGUGGCUCCAGAAGCUCAGGGCUCGGGCGCCAAAGUCAACCAAAAGUGUGAUGUCUACGCGUUCGGGAUCUUGGUCAUGGAGAUCCUGACGGGCCAGGCCCCCGACAACGAUGGGGAGGAGGGGCUCGAGAGCCGGGUGAGGAGGAUUUUCCGGGAAGAGAGGCCGUUGUCGGAGAUAAUAGACCCCACACUCUUGAACGAGGUUCGUGCCAAGAAGCAGGUUGUUGCUGCGUUUCAUGUUUCACUAAACUGUACGGAACGCGAUCCGGAACUCCGACCGAAGAUGAGGACGGUUUCAUGUAACCUAGAUCGGAUCAAGUUGCAGUGAUGUUGUGAAGAUAUGUGUUUGUAGGAUUCUUGAUUAAUUUCUAAUUGUUGUAAGGUUAUGAUAUAUAUUUUCCCCAAUCUCUGCAUGUAUAAACUUUAGUAUCAUCAGUGUAGUGCAGUGAAGUAGUAUUAAUCUGUUCAUUAAAAUGCCAUUUUUUGCAGCA